GAGAGAGAGAGAGAGAGAGAGAGAGAGAGAGAGAGAGAGAGAGAGAGAGCGGCAGUCUCAGUCUCCUCUGGAUUCAGCAUCGGUCGCUCGCGUCAAAGCUCCAUCCUCGACUCACAGACACGCUUCUUUCUCCAGUCAGUCAAAACCUGAAGGACUAUGACUGGUACCUGCAGCUGCCAACUCAAGGUGAUCCAGCUGGGCAGAUAGAGCAGUUGUGACCUGUAGAUCCUACACCUCCUCCUGGAAAAUGAGGACUAUCGUAGUGGGCCUCACAUGGCUCUGUCUUUGCCUGUCGCUGGAUGCGUUGUCUUUGAGUGGACGGAGGACGGACGCAGUUGAUGGAGAUGGAACUCAGGCAGCAAUCAGAGGAGAGAGGCCACUUAGGAGAGUGAGAAGAGGCUGGAUGUGGAACCAGUUUUUCCUGCAGGAAGAGUACACUGGCAGUGAUUAUCAGUACAUUGGCAAGCUCCAGUCAGACCAGGACAACGGCAACGGCUUAGUCAAAUAUGUGCUGUCUGGUGAGGGGGCCGGCGCCCUCUUUGUCAUCGACGAGAAUAAUGGCGACCUGCACGCCACCCGCCGCCUGGAUCGGGAGGAAAAGGCUUUUUAUAUCCUCAAAGCCACAGUGGUCAACAAGCACACAGGUCUGAAGCUGGAGCCAGAGACAGAGUUCAUCGUCAAACUCCACGACAUCAACGAUAAUGAGCCUUACUUCAGCAAAGAGGUUUACACCGGCAGCGUACCUGAACGGUCUCUCAUAGGAACAUCUGUCAUGCAGGUGACAGCUACAGAUGCUGAUGACAGCAUGUAUGGGAACAGUGCCAAACUGGUCUACAGCAUCAGUCAGGGACACCCAUACUUUUCUGUGGACCCAAACACAGGUCUGAUCCGGACAGCCUUGGGUCCUGGUGACAUGGACCGCGAGCAGAGGGAGCACUACCAGGUGGUGAUCGAAGCCAAAGACAUGGCCGGGCAGAGAGGAGGGCUCACAGGGACCACAGUGGUUAACAUCACACUCACUGAUGUCAACGACAACCCGCCCCGCUUCACUCAGAGUAUUUACCAAUUCAGGGUUGCAGAGUCAUCAAAAUCUGGCGUCCCAGUUGGGAGAAUUCAAGCCACUGACAGAGACACCGGGAAAAACGCAGAGAUGUAUUUCACCAUCGUCAGUGGAGACGGCAUGGACAUGUUUGAGAUCUCUACUGACAAAAUCACCCAGGAAGGAGUGAUCACUGUCAGCAAGCCUCUGGACUUUGAGAAGAAGCCAUCAUACACUGUAGAGAUCCAGGUCCAGAACACCCAGGUGGACCCUCGCUUCAUGUCCGCAGGCUCCAAAGACAUGGCCACGGUUCGAAUUGGCGUGGAGGACGUGGACGAGCCUCCACUGUUCGACAAGGCCAGCUAUCUAAUGGAGCUGAAGGAAGAUGCUGAGGUGGGCGUGGCCGUGGGCUUGGUCAGCGCCAUGGACCCCGAUGGAGCUCGCAGCAUGGUCAAGUACUCCAUCGAUCGUCGCACCGACAUGGACCGCCUGUUCAACGUCCAUCCGGGGAACGGGUCUGUGUUCCUGCUCAAACGCCUGGACAGGGAGGAGACUGCCUGGCAUAACAUCUCAGUCAUUGCCACUGAGUUCAAUAAUCCCCGUCAGAGCAGCCAUGUUCCCGUCUACAUCCGCCUGCUGGACAUCAAUGACAACGCUCCCACCUUCGCCACUGUUUAUGAAACCUUCGUCUGUGAGAGAACCAAGGCUGCUCAGCGGAUCCAGACGGUGAGCGCCGUUGAUGCUGAUGAGCCGUCGACAGGACACAAGUUUUUCUUCAGUUUGGCUCCUGAGGUGAUGCACCGUAGCAACUUCACUGUUCGAGACAAUGGAGAUAACACUGCCAGCAUCCUGACACGUCGAGCCAGUUAUAGCCGACUUCACCAGAGCAUCUACCUGGUUCCUGUGGUGAUCACUGACGGCGAGUACCCCAUGCAGAGCAGCACCGGGACCCUCACUGUGAGGGUGUGCACCUGCGACCGCGAAGGCAACAUGGAGCUGUGUAAUCCUGAGGCUCUCAGCAGCUCUCCAGGCCUCAGCACUGGUGCACUCAUCGCCAUCCUCCUGUGUGCCAUCAUACUGCUGAUGAUCGUGGUUCUAUUUACAGCAUUAAAACGCCAAAGAAAGCAGGAACCCCUCAUCAUCUCCAAGGAGGAUGUCCGGGACAACGUGGUGAGCUAUAAUGAUGAGGGCGGUGGCGAGGAGGACACCCAAGCUUUUGAUAUCGGAGCACUGCGACACCCAGAUGCUGCCGCUGCCUUAGAGGAGGCUGCCAAGCAGAGGCGUGACAUCAUCCCCACUGACACCCUGCUCUACCCACCACACUGCCGACACGCUCCCGCUGCUCCUGGCCUCAUCAUGCCACCGGUCGGCUCGGCGUCACGGGACAACGGGGACGUACGCGAGUUCAUCAACCAGAGAGUUCUGGAGAACGACUGCAACCCGACAGCACCACCGUACGACUCGCUGGCCACCUACGCCUACGAGGGCGCUGGCUCGGUGGCUGAGUCGCUGAGCUCACUGGGCUCUGUGUCAUCUGAGGCUGAGCAGGACUACCACUACCUUAGUGACUGGGGGCCUAGGUUCAGGAAACUAGCUGACCUAUAUGGGGCCGAGGACAGUGACUUCUCCUAACGAAGAUACCAUGGAACCACACACACUCUCUCUCUCACAUACACACACACACACACACACACAUAAACACACACACACACACACACAUGCUUUCAGUAACAUUUUGAUCAGUGCAGGGCUGAGGACAGCUGUGUCUCACAAAAACUCAGUAAAAGAGAUUGUAACUGUUACUCAUGAAAAUACAAAAACAUGAAAAAAACAACUGAUGUGCUGGCAGACGUUUAUUCCAUUUAAUGGAAUACGGUAAUCCAGAGCCCCACCUGAUCUCUGACCUGACUUCACUGCACAUGGAACUCACCAAGUCUUUUUCCAAAGGAGACAAAAGUCCCUAAAUAUCUAUAUUUGGGAGCUGUGAGGUAAAUCAACCAGUAGAGGGGUGGAUCCAAAGAUCUUCAAUUUCACCAGAGUGGACCUCUUCAGUGGUUAAUUUCAGGCCUGAAUGGAGUUGAAUAUCAAAAUUGGACAGUAUUUUGUACAGAGAAUUGGACAUUAAGCUUUUGCUCUAAUCUCUCCUGGGUUACUGAAUAACUGUUUUACAGAGUGUUUCUAGUGGCUUUUAAUGCAGGAUUGAAGAUGGACUGAAUCGAGUGUGCGGAACCAUGUCACUCAAAAAAACAAAUAUAAAUGUAGUUAUUUCAGGACUGGACCACACUCACCGCUGCAGAUAUGAAGUGAAGAGUGUGGGGAAGACACUUUUUUUUUCUUUCUGACUAAGUGCCCUUUCUGCUGCCCUUCGAGCUGAACUAUAAACGCCUGUACGCUGGCUGACACUGGAGGGGGCUGUAACAACUUUUACAUGAUUGCUUCUUUUUUUUUUUGCUGUCUUGUACAAAAUGACCAUUCCAGAGGAGCUUUUCUGAAGGAAUCCUCGCUCCUUGAAAGUCGCCUUCUUCGGGACACAGAGUAAAAGACAACUCGUAUGAAUAAAUGCACUGAUUUCUUUAUGUUAACGCAGGUUUUUAGAUUUGUUUUUCUUUGUGUUGCACACAAAAAGAAGAUGUAUGUUAAUAACAUCAUUCCUAGAUUUUUUGCUUCUUGAUUAAGUGUAUAUUGUGUCAGAACUGUGGUUGAACCUCAUCAUACUGGAAGAAAACUAAGUUUUGUUUACCUGUGAUUUUACUGGAGGUAAAAGAAGAAUACAAUCCAGAUGUCAUACAGACAGAUGCUCAAUAAGGGUAAACACAUGUCAAUUGGGAAAAUGCUUCACAUUUAAAUGAAGGACACAGAGAAACCCUGGAUUCACAGUAUGGCUCUCACUUUUAUUUCGAAAAUUCAGAUGACUGUUGGAGCAUGACUUCUCAACAAUGACCAGUGAAUCUAGCCAUUUUUCAGGCUGCACAAAUAUAAAGCUGCACUAAUCAUUAUUUUUAUUACAACAAUGGAUCAAAAGACUACAGGUAAUAUGAAGCAGGGCGAUGAACGCCAACUCUUCCGAUCUCAAGUUUUGGGGCCUUUUAGCUCAUUGUUUGGUUUUCAUGCCAACGACUGCUCUGUUCUGGUUUAGCUUAAUCAACUCUAAUCGGGCUCAUCUCCAGCAGCAGGCAGCAGUUUUCUAUCAAACUCAGUGAACCUGACCUCUCCAGCACCGAACAGCAGGCAGACACAACUAGUGACCAUCUCUUAGGAGUAAGUGGAGACCAAACCAGAGCUAAAAGCAGAGUGACACUUAAUACUUAAUAAUUCAUGAGAUGCACACACUUAACCCCAAUUGGAUGUUACUGUUGCCCCCUAUCUGCAACAAAAUAAGCCACGUUAGCCACAACAACAAUAACAUAAUAAUCUAAUGUCAGUGUUAUGUUCAAUCAGUACUUGUAUAUUUUGGGAUGUAUUCUGUUUGUGAUGAGACACUGCAGACGAUCAGACCAGUAUCAGUGUUACAGGGUAACAUCACUCUGGGACUAGAAUGUGUUGGUUGUGUUCAGAUGAAUGAAAUAAAUAAACAAACACAACAGACAGCCCACAGACAGACGCUAAUCAAUCCCCUUUCCGUAUUGAUUCCAAGUUGACUUACUAAAAAGUGACAGACCUACUUCACAGCUGCAUCUUGAAUGUCUUUCAGUCACUGGUAACCUCAUUUUCAGCUCGUGUUAUUUCCUGCCCACACCUGUUUUUCUGGCAAGAGGAUGUGAUUCAAAUGUUUGUUCCCAGGGGUAUUCUGGCACAGAUUUCAUUCGCUGCUCUUGUUUGAGACAAGAGAAAAGAAACUUUGUUUACCUUAUUUCUUUUUUCUUUUUUUUCUUUUUUUGUUAGCUUCAUUCAGCCCACCCCUGUGUCUCAUUCCAGACUUGUGGGGUUUUGUUGUAAUGUUGUAAUUAACCAACACUGUAAGGCAGUUAUCAUUUGCUUUGUUGCUAUUGAAGAAAAAGGUUAAAAUUCACAACAGUCAACCUCAGUGCCAUGUUAAGAAAAACAUUAGUUUCCCAUUGAGGGAUGAAACCAUGUAGUCAGGAUCAUUUCAUGUCAUAGCAGGCGUUUGUAUUGUGUUUUGGCUGUUCCAGUAAAAGCUGCAGUUUGCUCCAGUUGUGUUUUGUGACUGUGGUCUGCUCUGAAGGCUUAAUACAAAAAUGUCCACAUAUUUUUCUUGUUUAUUGUAAUUCAUUCUUUUUUGUACCAAAUAUUUAUAGGACACAAUAAUGACAUUCCUGGAGGGAAAAAAUCGAAACAACCUUCAGCUUCACUGUUUUUUCAUGUAUUUUGGAGGUGUAAAACUUGCUGUAGGCAGUCUACUGUCUGUAUAUGAUGAUGUAUUAUCAAGUUGUUUAAUUUUAUCAAAAUAAACCUUUACAGUUAA